AUGCCUGGUCUCAUCUCCCACCCUCCCCCUCCACACGUCGUCGGCCCUGCCACAAAGCGGGCUACCCGGCCAUCUAAGAAGCUUCCUCAGAGCCUGGUUGAGGGCGCCAAGCUAACCAAGAAGGAGCCAUGGGACUCUGAGAAGCAUCUUGCCUUCCAGCCCCCUUCCAAGAUCCUUAGCAUGAAAGAGAUCGGUCUUGAGGGCCAUGGCAUCUCCCCCAAUGCCUGCUCCGAGCCUUUCCCUCUCUUUAGCGAGGAGGCUAUUAAACAGAUGCGUGCCGAGAUUUUCAGCGAGACUGUUCUGGGAAAGUGCCAGUACGCUUCCACCUUUAACGCCAACAUGGUCCGAGGCAUGGGUCACGAGCUGGCUCCAUUUACGUACGAUGCCUGGCAUUCCCCUGAGACCCUUGCCAAAAUUUCCCAGGUCGCAGGUGUCGAGGUCAUCCCCGCCUUUGACUUUGACAUUGCCAACAUCAACAUCUCCGUCAGCGACGACAAGAACGCCGAGAUCUCCAUCGGCGAGAACAAGCUCCGUGACGGUGCUGACAACGAUAACUUGUCCUCUGUCGCUUGGCACUACGACAGCUUCCCCUUUGUAUGCGUUGUCAUGAUGUCCGAUUGCACUGGCAUGGUUGGUGGCGAGACUGCUGUGCGUAAGCCCAACGGUGAGGUCAUCAAGGUCCGCGGACCUAGCACUGGCCGAUAUAUCGAGCACCAGGCUCUCAAGGCCCUCGGCGGCCGCGAGCGUAUCACUAUGGUCACCGCCCUCCGUCCCAAGUCCCCUUUCAUCCGCGAUGAGAGUGUUCUCACUGGCGUUCGCGGCAUCAGCAACCUCGAUGAACUCUACCACCAGUACACCGAGUACCGCCUUGAGAUCCUCGAGGAGCGACUUCGCGCCAAAUCCAAGGAGGAGCGUAAGCUGGCGCUUGCCAAGAAGAAGUACGACAUUCCCGCUAUGCGACACUUUUUGGAGGAACAGCGUGCCUUUAUCGACUCGAUGCUCACUGAGAUUGUCGAGGUUGAAGAUGAUUGA